UUAUAAAAACUUGAUUUCUAUUUCGAAGAUUUUCACUUAACGUUUUUUCUUUGAACUGUGAUGUCUGGAAGUUUUACAUUUUAAAUGUUUCGUUCAGUGAUUUUGUGUUUCGCUAUUUUUGCUGUAUCUAUUUCUGCAACCAAUGUCAGAAGGUGUACGAAAAACAGACCCUUCCCACUGUCAGUUAUUAUUGAAGGAUGCGACAUUAUGCCAUGUGAAGCUAUAAAAGGAAAUGUUGCAGUUAUGACAGCUACAUUUGUUGGAACACACGAUGGCAUUAAAGCAAUUACUACACAAGCAAAAGCUUCAGUUGUUGGCUUGACAGUUCCGUAUAUUCUUCCCGAAGACGUUGCUAAUGUAUGCGCCAAUUUAAUGGAUGGAGCCACAUGUCCAAUUAAUGAAGGCGACGUUGUCACCUACAGUUUCAAGUUUCCAAUAGAUCAUUCUGAACCUGAGCUUUCUGUUAAGAUGGAAACUUCUUUUGUUGAAGAUGAAACUUCUGAAUCCAUUGCUUGUUUUGUUGUUGAUAUUAAAGUUAAGAAAAGCGAUAUUGAUGAUGACUCUCUAUAUGAAACUAAUAUUAUAUAAAUAAAUGCUUAAAUCUAAAUAUUUA